AUGAAGCAAUCCACCAGUCUGAGGGUUCGACUGCCCACUCUAGUGCUGGUGCUAGAGGUGGUUAUCCUGGCUCUCUAUGCUAGUUUUGUUACUUAUGAUGACAACGCUAAUGCCAAGCUGCAGAACAAUGAGACCAACCCUAUGGACAAUUCCCUCUACCGGGAUUAUCCCUUCUUUGCUGACGUGCAGGUAAUGAUUUUCAUCGGCUUCGGCUGCCUGCUUGCUUUCCUGCGGCUUUAUGGAUUCAGUGGCAUGGUCUUCAACUUCCUGACGGCCACUUUUGCCAUCCAGUGGGCAAUUCUGGUGCAAGGCUACUUCCAAUUCUACUCUGAUGGUAAGAUUCACCUAGGGGUGAUCAACCUCAUCAAUGCCGAGUUUGCCUGUGCUGUGGUGCUCAUCUCCUUUGGUGCCGUCCUGGGCAAGACCAGCCCUGUGCAGCUGCUGGUCAUGGCCCUGCUGGAGGUGCCAGUGUUUUCCAUCACAGAGUGGGUCGUGCUCAAGUACAUCAAGAUCAAUGAUGCCGGCGGCUCCAUCCUCAUUCACCUCUUCGCAGCCUACUUUGGGCUGGCCGUCACCUUCGUCCUGUACCGGCCAAGCCUCAACGACGGCCACGCCAAGGAGGUCACCAGCUACCAGUCCGACAUCCUCUCGGUGAUGGGCACCCUCUUCCUCUGGGUGUUCUGGCCCUCCUUCAACUCGGCGCUGACAAUCAAAGGCGACGACCAGCACCGGGCUGUCCUACACACCUUCAUCGGGCUCAGCUCCUCCACCCUGACCGCCUUCGCCCUCUCCGCCGUGCUCAACAAGAGGGGCAAGCUCACCAUGGCUGACGUGCAGAAUGUGACCCUGGCGGGCGGGGUGACCGUGGGGGCAUCCGUGGACAUGAUGAUCUCCCCGGCGGCCGCGUACGCUCUGGGUGUGAUGGGCUGCACUGCCUGCAUGCUGGGCUACAGGUACCUCACCCCCUUCCUGGCCCGCCGCCUCAGGAUCCAGGACCAGUGCGGCAUCCACAACCUGCACGGCCUCACGGGCUUCAUCUCCAGCCUGGCUGGGAUCUGCGCCAUCCUGCUCGCCAGUGAGGAGACGUACGGCCCCAGCAUGUACCAGAUCUUCGCCCACCGUGCGCCCGUCGAGGGGGACCCAAAGCUCCUGGAGCUGCAGCAGCUGAUCCCAGGCCUCAAGCCCGGCCUGGGCCGCACUGCCCAGGAGCAGGCUCUCUACCAGGUGGCGGCCAUAUUCUUCACCAUAGGACUCGCCGUACUGGGCGGUUUAUUCACCGGCCUUGUCCUGAAGCUGCCCAACCUAGCGUCUCCGCCAGACGAGUACUGCUUUGACGAUGAUCUCUUCUUCGAUGUUCCCUCUGACUUUGACAGCACGGGGGUUCCCAAGGCCCCUAUUUGUCCGGCGGACACUAAAGUUUGA